UGUCGGUAGAACAUCAUGCUCUACUUCUUGAUGGAUGAUAGUUUGAAUGGCCACAAUGGCCGCCAUGACAUAGCGAUUAAAGCGGUCGCCUUUACUGGAAGAAUACUGGUGCUCAGAUGUUCAGUCACCUGUGCUUUAACUAUAAUGACAAAUCUAUUUGUUUGAAGAAACAGAAGCUAGAUUGAACUCUGAAGACUUACCAGCGAUGCUCGAACGAAGAAUAAAGAUGACUAGGAGUACCCACCAAACCGAAAAGCCAGGAUCACAAUAUAUGUAAAAAGAGGAUUAUAUUACUCAAGACAACAUGAAAACUGCUAAGGAGUCCGACCAGUACAGACACUGAAGACGUUCCAUCAUUAUCUGUUCUUCAAAUUGGACAAUGCGUUUGUUUCUAUAUGCAUUGCUUAUAUGUCAACUACUGAUUAAUUUUGCAUUAAGUGAUUAUAUAUUGAGCUGUAACAGUGCAUGUGGUGGUGAACUUAUGCAAGAUGGGAAUGCAACCUGUACAUCAACUUAUAUAAACUCUAUGCCAUGGUCAAAUCAUGAACAGACAGCUCCGAAGCCAAACUUUAAGUCUAGUAACUGGUUUGUUUAUCAAAAAUCUGAUGAUUCUUUUGCCAUUGGUUUAAAUGUGACUUGGUCACAAAAUGCCCAAGUAUUUUGGAACCACGUGCACGGUUAUGUUCUGUCAGUGACGUACAACAAUUAUUAUGGAUCAAAAAAAUGGCUUAUUAACGCAACGCUUUCCACAAGUGAAAUCCAAGAAAAUGAAGAUGUGAUGUUUAACUUUCAAUGCUUCAAUGAAGAGAGUUCUUCAAUGGAAGUGAAAAAAGAUCGAACAUAUUUCUUUUCUUUGUAUGCGAUGCCAGUUUACGAAGAAAACAAUUCAAUGUUACGUUCCGAGACAAAGAUUAAGGUGCCAGCUUGCAGCAACAUUGAGAUUGAUAAAACAACAGAAUGUUUGGAAAACAAUGAAGAGACGAACAUGUUUGAUGAUCUUUUUUUAAGUUUUGAUACGUAUGUUGAUGACACCACAGAUAUAAACUUUUCAGAAACUGUGGUACCUGAAAUAAAGACGAGUAAUUCUCUAUUUCUAUUGCUGAUACUACAUCUUGCUUUGGUGGGCAUAGCACUAAUAAUUGCUCUGAUUGUUUUCCUUAAACAAAAACAAGCGAAAAAAGUACAAGGCACAAUUGUUAUUCUGUGCAGUCGAGAUUCACAUUAUGGUGAAGUGACAUCUAGAUUGGCAACUUGGUUGAAGGAAUACAUGAAUCGUGAUGUAGAAUGUAAUAUGUGGAGACAAACCGAUAACAAUAUCUUGGAUUGGUGUAACAAGCAAUUGAAAGAAGCUUCCCAAGUAAUUCUUGUAUGUGGUGAAAAAGAAAGACAGAAUUAUGAAGAUCAGAUUGUGUGCAGUGAUCCCUUUGUUGUUGGACUUAAAGCUGGAAGAAGAAGUCUGCUUCAAGCUAAGUUUUAUUGUGUUGGUUUUAAUGAAGAUAUUCUGUCAAAGUUAGCAACAAAAAAUAUGAAACAGUAUCUUCUUAUGAAAGAUUUUAAACAGUUUUAUAAAACUUUUGCUUCAAAACAUUCCACAAAAUACUCAGUUGUUCAAAAAGAGUUGGCAUGUAUGAUCAUGAACAACAAAGUUUGGGAAGAAAGUUUGCUUCAAAAUCCUGAGUUCUGUGAGACCAAUGAGAUGUUACUUAAUGAGAAAAUAGAUAAAUCAGAUCGAGACUCUGGAUUUUCGUCUUCAUUUAUUUAACAUCUUAUCAUCUUUCAACUGUUAAAAUGUGUUAUAAAGCGUCACUCUAUCAUAAGUAUACAUACAAUGUAUCUUAAACACCCCAUGUAGGAAAAGCUUCGCAAGUGGAAAAUGUUACCACAAUGAUGCUUUUAUUUAUAUUGCAUUUAUGCAUCUGAAUGGGGCAACAUUGGAUAGCAUUCAUAGCGGUAUCCUCCAGUUACAAAAUGUUUGCUCCAACCUAUGUACUACGGCACCCAAUGAGUUAACUUAAAACAAUAACAUUUUUUAUUGUAUGAUAUACUGUAUUAAUGCACUAUUUAAACUUAUUUUAAUGUAAUUUUUCUUUUAGUGUAAAUAUUUGCUUAUUCUUGGAAAUGGCGUGCAUAUAAUAAACUUAAAAAAGUGAAAAUAAUCUGAUAUUUAAAAUAUGUUGUUUUCCGUUGCUUGUAAUGUGGUUGUACUUUUAUUUUUGUAUUUGUUGUUUGUUUUGUCUUUGUUUGUCAUUUGUUUUAAUUUUAAUAUUGCUUUGCUCAUUAACAUGGUUUCUUUUUCAG